AUGCGAGUCGAAGAUCGCGGUUCACAUUUUAAUCUCAUAGAGAUUGUGCUAACAGCAUUUUGUUGUUUUAGUUUCGAAACAUUUGAAAUAAAUAGUUUUGAACAAUUUUGUAUAAAUUAUGCAAAUGAAAAAUUACAACAAGAAUUUUGUCAACAUGUUUUUAAACUUGAACAAGAAGAAUAUAUGAAAGAAGAAAUAACAUGGUCAUUUAUACAAUUUUAUGAUAAUCAACCAUGUAUUGAUUUAAUUGAAAAUAAAUUAGGAAUUUUAGAUUUAUUAGAUGAAGAAUGCAAAGUUUGUUCUUUUUUUUAUUUUUAUAAAGUAAAACAAAAUUGUUGAAAUAGAGGGUGGGUGUGGGUGUGGGUGUGGGUGUGGGUGUGGGUGUGGG